CAACCCACCCAAAGCCAGAUGGAAACCUCAUUUUUUUUUUCUCACUAGCCUUCGUCUCCUCUCUCUGUAAACCAUUUCCAUAGCUUUCCUACGCAAGCUCUUAUCUCUUCCUCUCUACUUCACCCAAAAAGGUUUACAGUUCACACACGAAGCGUUAGACACUUAAAAUGGAAACUUUGAGUCGUUUCUUAGUGUUCAUGUCUCUGUUCUCCGGUUUAGUUUCUGGUUUUACACUGCAAAAUCUUCCAAUCACAUCGUUUGAAGAGAGUUACAUGCAACUUUUCGGUGAUAAGAAUUUGUUUGUUCAUAAAGACGGCAAAUCUGUCCGGUUAACGCUCGAUGAAAGGACCGGUUCUGGGUUUGUCUCAAAUGAUCUUUAUUUACAUGGAUUCUUCAGUGCUUCAAUCAAACUACCUUCUGAUUAUUCAGCUGGAGUAGUUGUUGCUUUUUAUAUGUCUAAUGGAGAUACGUAUGAGAAGAAUCAUGAUGAGAUUGAUUUUGAGUUUCUUGGUAACAUUAGAGGAAGAGAAUGGAGGAUUCAGACAAAUAUUUAUGGGAAUGGAAGCACUCAUUUGGGAAGAGAAGAGAGAUGUAAUCUCUGGUUUGAUCCAACUGAAGAUUAUCAUCAAUACAGUAUCCUCUGGUCUGAUUCUCACAUCAUAUUCUACGUGGACAAUGUUCCAAUCCGAGAGGUGAAGCGAACAUCAACAAUGGGCGGUGACUUCCCGUCGAAGCCAAUGUCUCUCUACACAACAAUAUGGGAUGGUUCUAAAUGGGCAACUAACGGUGGCAAGUACGGUGUAAACUACAAAUAUGCCCCUUACAUCGCACGGUUCUCUGACCUAGUCCUGCAUGGCUGCGCUGUGGACCCGAUCGAGCAGUUUCCCAAGUGCGACGAAGGGGCCAUCGAGUAUAUCCGUGCGGCCCAGGAGAUUAGCCUGUCAGAAAGGGCUAAAAUGGAGGUUUUUAGGCGUAAACACAUGACUUACUCGUAUUGCUAUGAUCGGACCAGGUACAAGGUUUCUUUGCCGGAGUGCGUUGUGAAUCCAGCAGAGGCUCAGCGGCUUAGGGUUUAUGAUCCAGUCACGUUUGGUGGGAUUCCGAGGCGCCACCGCAGCGGAAAGCACCGGAGCAAGAGAAGCCGUACGGAUGGAACAGUGUCGAUAUGAUUAAUUGUACAUUGUCAUUAUAUUAUGGUGUUGGUUUGGAGGGGGGGGGGGGGGGGGGGGGUGGGGGUCUAUAAUAAGUCAUUUUAUUGGUAUACUCUUGUUACAAUGCAUUAGUCACAGUUGCUUGGAGAGGGGAAGUUUUGUUCAUUUCUUGCUUGUAUCUAUGUUAUCUAUAAUAAUAAAAUAGAGUUUUCUCUCACCUCAGUCCUCCACAUCAGUUUUCAGCAUAGGGCAAACUCUGCCAUCUGUCACCUUAAAAAACCAAGCUAUUCUUUUACGUUCUAACAAUCCUUCGAAAACCAUUAUGGGCUCUGCCACCCAUUUCUGUUUGGACUUCUAAAAUUUUUUUUUUAAUCCAGGCUCAAUGUUUUCGUGGGUAGGAGCACAAAAUAAAGCUCGGCGUAGACAAUGACACUAUCCCUUGACGGAGGGCCCCUCCGUCAACAUUCCUAUAACGCUUUCUGUAACCUUUCCGUUUCUAUUUAUUUGCUCCUUAAAUCGGACAUUAACAUUCUUCAUAUGUAACCACAGGCUGAAGGUAUUCUAUAUAUUUCGUUCAUGGGUGAUUAUCAAAAUUAUUAUUCAAAAGGUGAAAAUUCUUCUGAUUAGCCAGUCUGCGAGCUCAUCUGCUUCUUCUUAGGGGAAAUAAGGAGACCAGAGCAGCUCCUAUCACACACCAAGUAAUCCGUCUGCAAGUCAUGCACCCUCCUAUAAUCCUCAUGGCAAUCUCAGAAGAAUCUUGAGAGAAAGUAUUCACGGAUGGGUGAUCCAUCGAUGAGGUUUGAAUCACACGAACUUUUUUUGUCUUAGUGUGUGAGAGUUUAUGUCUAUAUUGGUGUUUUGUUUGAUUUUCUUUUUCUUGGCAAGUUACUUCUGCUCUUUCACAUACUGGUUUGGAGUCGUCGAAUCUAAUUGUUGGUAUUGAUGUCAACAAGAGCAACGAGUGGACAGGUAAGACAAGUUAUGAUCUUUAUGUAUAGCCAAUCUUCAAGUCUAGACUGUAAGUAAAUGCUGCUCUGAUCUAAAAGCUGACUGGUGAUUUGAUUUAGGGGCGAGAUUAUUUGGUAGGAAGAGCCUGCAAUACAUUGGAACAACUCCAAACCCUUAUCAGCAAGCUAUUUUCAUCGUUGGAAAGACUUUAUAGAUUAACGAUGAAGAUACUUUGAUUCCAUGUUAUGGAUUCGGAGAUGGUAAUAACCUCAAAGAUCUGGUCUUUCAUCAUUAAACUGCUAAGUUUGUUGUUUGGUCUGUGGUUACAGAAAAGUUAGUUUUUUUGGUUUUGACUUUGCAGCUACAACCCAUGAUGUCCUUAGUUUCAAUUCUAAUAAUACAUAUUUUGUAACAGGUUUGAAGUUCUCAUCAGAGGUAUUAACCUCCAGCUGCGCCUUGCAGUUUGACUGAUAUAAAGAAACUGUUUUCUACUUCUGUGUUCUUACACUUACUCUACUUUUUCUUGAUUUUUUUUCUGGUUUUGUAACAGAUCCGACAUCUUUUGCACCCAUCAUCGAAAGAGCCAUGAGAUUGUGGAAGAAAAUGGAGGCCAGUACCAUGUUCUUCUCAUAAUCUCUGAUGGACAGAUAAAGAAAGCUGUGUUGGAACUGGAACUUAAGUUUGGUUAUAAACAUUCCCAUAUAUUUAUACAGUUACUUUAUGGAGAUUCCCAUACUCUCCUCACUAUAUAUACACUUUCAUUGUGACCUCCCCGUUUCCAUGCUCACCGCCAAUUACUUAUCAAUUGAAACUUUCAGAUAAGCUCUUCAAAACUGGCAACUUUCCAGCUACACUUUUCCGAGUUGAAGACAUGCCGGUGUAAGGAUAUUGUUCAGAUGAGACUUUUCCGUUAUGGGCGUCUCAGAAUGUGAAGAAAGGAGGUCAAAUGAUGGGCUUGGAGAUGGUACUGCUUGAAUCCUAAGUUGGUCGGAGGUACUGGUUUUUUCGAUUGACUCUGAUCCAUUAAUUAACUCCACUUAAGAAUACUCUUUAAAAGGUGCUCUUCCUAAAAGCUACGUCUAGAAGACUAGAACACAUUUCUGUUCUGACAAAGACUCUGUUGUAUGCCUUACCAUUUUUGAAAGGAAAGGUGUUAUGGAUGUGGCCACUUCCACAAGGCCGACAAAGUAUGCAGGUUUUCAUAAACUAGAAACGGUUACGGUGGCAUGGCUUAAUACAUAUGUCCUCAACUUUGACCCACAAGUUCAGUCUGAAACUUGUGUCCUCUAUUACUGGAUCAUCUCUGUUUACUGAAACGCUUAUCAAUAUCUUACGCUAAUAGUAUUGUAACCAGAAACGGGUAGAGCUACACCUCCUGCUCGAAAUGCUCAAGAAAGCUUUAACGUGGAUCCUCAUCAUUUACAUGUACAGCAUGCCAUAAAGAAAACGCAGUAGGGGUCCUGAGGUGAUUGAUCUUUAAAACAGUUAUCACAUAUUUAAAAUUUCUAUGCUUAGCAGUGUUUUACCAACCACCACUGAACAAUGUCAAUGUUGUUCCUUAUGCAGGUACCGUGUCCAGUUCUCAGUCUCAGAUGGCUCAGAAUCAGCUGUCUUUGUCGCAUUUGAUGGACCAAAAGCUAAAUUUGUUCUCUCCUUAUUUUUUUUAACUGUUUACACUGAUAUUGAUCAUGCGCAGGGGGUGAUAAUAAUAUUGGUGAUGAUAUGCCUGGAGCAGAAACUGUUUCCUCUAACAGUGUCAUGCAUUAUGAACAUGUGUCUGGUGGAUUCACUGCUGAGGGUGCACAACUUGAGGAGGAAGGACACACUGGAAAACAACCACGCCAAGCUUAGCUUCUCAGCUUAUGGAGUGGAAAAGACCCAAUGCUCACAAUUUCUAACCCAUUCGAAUUUAUCGUUUCUCAAGUUUCAAAAAAUUCUCAAGGAUUUCAUUUUUUUUUUCUUGAGACCUUUUGUUGUUGGUUUUUUCAUUUUCUUUGCUUGCUUUCUACGUAACUAAUUGGGUCCACUCCUUAUUAAAAAAACAUACUUUCACUUUUGGCAGCUUCUAUUUGUUAACUAAAUUGUGAUUCAUCCAACCAUCCAAAAUAAUUACAAAACUAGCACCUCCUUACUUUGCCUACGAGCUUGACACCGUAUUGAUAUACGAAACAACAUCAGCACUCGGUUAUGAUUUCAUGAAUAUCAAUGUGAUGACAAUCAGCAUGAAUAUCAAUGCGAUGACAACCAGGUUUUCAAAUUAAUCGUAGUUUUAUACUUUUAUCAUAUACAAAGGAGAGUUACAUGACCCAACAUGUAAGGAAGUGUAGCUCAUUUCAACGAUCAUAAGAACAAAUUCCAUCAGGUGAGAAUUGAACUUGACAAAUCCUUAAAGGGACCCAAACAAUAAACACUGUCAGAUGCAAUCUUUUGAAAUCCGACCCGGACAUUGAACCGGAUGACUUACCGGAUCAUCGGGUAUUGGGUCGACCACGGGCACACCGCGGGUCAAUAAAUUAAUUAAAUAAUAACAUAUUAGCUAUUAAAAAUAUAAUACAUAUUUUAUGUUUUAAGAAUAUUGUUGACAAAAAUAUAUAUUUAGAAAACACUUAACUUUUCUUAUUUUUAUUUUCAUCUAACAUACAAAAUAUUAAAAUAUAAUUCAGUCUCUUUAACCAUUUUUGUAAAAAGUUAGACGUUAUGACAUCUAAUAAAAAAUACCAAAACUUGAAAUUCAUAAAUAUUUAAAUGUGACAUGUGAAUAGUAAAAUUAAAUUUUUUAAAAAAGUUAAAUAUUAAAAUGUAAUAAUAGAUUAUUGAUAACAAAAAUAAACUAAUACCGACCAAAUCACAACAACUAAUUUUGGUUCUCUUUAUCACCGUUCAUUUCAUUUUUUUCAAAUGGCAUAGAUCUUCAUUAGAAUCUUAAAAAAAAACAUAAAUUAAAUAGUGUAAAUGAGAUUCACGAAAAAAAUGAUCAAAAAAAGAAGGAGAUACAUAGUUGACAUCCGGCAGGAGAAAAAGAUAUUAGUAUAAUCUGAAAAUCUUACUUUUUAAUUUGAAUAAAAAAAUUAAAUAGCAUAAUUAAGAAAAUUUUAAAAUAAAUAAAAGUUACUUAUUGAUUUAACCAGUGGUUCAACUGGUUGUCGGGUUCCGGUUUUAGUGGUUUUUUGCGAGUUUUACUGGAUUUUUAAAUAAUAGAUUUUUCAUAAAAUCCAAACCAAAUUAUAUUCGGGUCAACGGGUUUACCGGUUCAACCGCAGAUCCGGGUCAGAUUUCAAAACACUGGUCUGAUGUGAAAAUUGUUGUCGAAGUUCAGGGUCAGUUGGUUCUCUUUUUUUUUUUUGCUCUGUCAUGGGUUACCUCACGGGGAGAACUAUGGAUACAAAUGGUGUUACUAAUAUUGUCUACAAUGAUAUUUUCACCAACCUCCAAACUCAAUAGGCAAUAACUAGCUCUCAUAACUUGCUCCACCAACUAAAUACUUGCAUAUACCAAUGACUCGCAAUUGAUCUUGUCUCAGGUGAGCACUACUAUUAACUGCACAUUCCCGGAGAUCUUACGUAGAAUAGCAGCGAACUGGAUGGUGGUUGGACACCAACAGCUACUAACUUUGCAAGGCUACACCAUUUUUAAAAUUACUGUCCGUUUAUGUCACGGACCAUCAGAUACUAUUCUCCACUUCCUAUCUAUAAAUUAAAACAAUUUGUGUUGCCCGAACUCCAAUAUCAACAAAAACAUAAGCAUCAGUUAUUACCUGAUAGUCACAGUUAGAGGCUCACCUCAAAAUUUUAACCCCUUCCCUGUUCAAACUCUCUGAACCCUAUGAGUGUACACCUACAGACGGCCCACGGCUAUUGACGACCACAACGCAAAAAGUGUCCCAUAAUGCCUAAAUACGUGAUUCCCUGACACAAGACGCUUAUUUACUUCUACGUAUAAAUAUCUUACCCCUCCAAAGUGAUGAUUAUCACGAAUUCAUUCCUCAUUCAACCACAUCCCUUGCAACUACUAAUCCUUUUACAAAUAACACAAUGUCAUGCCAUACAAUUGUUACUCACACUAGAUAGCAUCAUACACAAACUUUCGUUACCGAUAUCCCGCGCGUAGCGCGGGCACACCCCUAGUUAUAUAUAAAACACAGUUCUCUGACUUCUCUCACUCCUCAGACCUUCACGUCACCCGACAGCUAGAUAAGUCACUUCCUCUCAUAUCAACACGUGGCGCCUGUACACGAAACACAUCGUUUCAUUAAGACGGGAAUCGUGAUGGACUUUUGUACUCCUUCUCCGCUAUUACCAGAGAUUGCCAUCGUGAAAAAUCUCUUCCUAGGGUUUUCACGACAUCGAUUGCUCUUCUCUUAAUCAACCCAAACACCACAGUUACAGAUCCAUCGCUUAAAUGUCUCUUUAAUCCAUCAACCAUGAUCAGAUCUUCAAUGCGAAUCUCUCUUCUCUAGGACAGUCUAUUUGUUAGUAUAAAUAAUUCCGGAAGCAAUCAGAGCGGUUCGGCACCGAGAUCUUCACGGAAACAGUCACCAAGGUCGAUUUCUCCUCGAGGCCGUUCAAGCUCUUCACGGAUUUGAGAACUGUGCUCGCCGACGCCGUCAUCAUCUCCACCGGAGCUGUCGCGAAACGGACCCUCCAGUUCCUAUGCUAAAAUAUACAAAUUUGGAUGUAAUUAGAGUCUUAGUUGAUUUAAAAAACCAUACGAUUCUCAUAUAUAACAAAGCCUCAGAGUUAUUUGCAAGACAUGGUUUGAUGGUUAUGGUGAACUCAGUAUGACUGCAACAUAGAACAAGCCGUUGGUGGGGUGUUAAACAAAAGUUCAGAACUCAUCAGUCCGUAUAACAACUUGCUUAGCUGUGGGAUUGUUAUAAAGAUGGUUGUUGAAGGUGAGUAACCAUAUGUUAGAUGGGAGAAGAAGCGAAUAAGCAAGUCAGAGUUGGAUGGGUUUCCUUUAAUUUACCUUUUAUUGAUGGAGAUGGCAUGAACAACGGAAGAAACUCACAAAAAGUCAUCUGGUUGUCAUUCAAUUGGCUGCAAAAGGAAAAGUUCAAGUACAUGAGAGGAUGUGGAGAACAAUACAAUUAAUCCAACAAUUGGCAGAAGAACUUUCAAUCAAUAGACUGAAACCCGAAAGGAAGAGAAGCAGCUCCUUCUUUUUCUUCAUGUGCCUUUGCAGCAUGAUGAUUUAGUGUAGCUUUGUCAGCAGAUGUCGCUCUUAAUUUGCGAUGAACUCUACGUUGAGUGCCGAAGCCAAAAGAAGAUAUAAAUGCUGGGAGUAUUUGUAAUUUUUUAAUAACUAAUCUUGGUUAACACUUACACCUGAGAGGUACCUGUAAUAGAAAGUUGUUUUUCAUGAUA